GCGUCUGUCUAACACUGAACAAGAGAAAAUUUUGCCGCCAAUAUUUAUUGUCGUAAACACUGAAGUGCCAGGGGAUAUGAAGGUGUCAACUCCAGAAAUAUCCUGGCAUGAACGAGACCCCGUGUACAGCGCAGACUUCCAACCAGGAAAACACAGCAUCCAAAGAAUCGUUACUGCUGGAGUUGACAAAUAUGUCAGGAUAUGGAAAGUGACCGUAGAUACGGACGGAAAGUGUGGUGUGGAAUUUCUCUCCAACUUGAAGAGACAUUCAAAAUCUGUCAAUGUCUGUCGAUUUUCUCCUGAUGGAGAACAUUUGGCAACAGCUGGAGAUGAUGAAGUCGUGAUAAUAUGGAAGCUGAGUGAUGCCGUUGCAAAUCCUGGAAAUCUAUUUCAAGAGGAAGAUGAGGAUAAUAAAGAAACUUGGGUCACCUGCAAAAUUUUCAGGGGUCACUUAGCAGAAGUGUACGAUUUGUCCUGGUCGUCAGAUGGCAAGAAGAUAGUGUCGGGGUCGAUGGACAAUACCGCCAUUGUAUGGGAUAUUGUCAAAGAACAAAGACUUGCAUUGUUUAAUGAGCACAGAAGUUUUGUUCAGGGAGUAGCCAUGGACCCGCUGAACGAAUACAUUGCGACAAUGAGCACAGAUAGGUCCUGUAGGAUAUUCAAUAUGUCGACCAAAAACUGUAUCUACAAUGUAUCCAAGAUGUCUCUUCCUCCUCCUAAGAACUCGGAGGGCACCUCGGAGACGAAGCCCAAGUCUUUCCGCAUGUUCCAUGACGAUACCAUGAGGUCAUUUUUCCGACGCCUGUGUUUCUCCCCCGAUGGAGAAAUUCUCAUAGUGCCAGCGGGAUGUUUGGAAAUGGGGGAGAAUAAAAUUAUCAAUUCUACUUAUCUCCUACCUCGCCAUUGUCUGAAUAAACCUGCAGCUUACCUGCCUAGUCCACAAAAAAUCACAAUAUGUGUCAGAUGUUGUCCAUGCUACUUCAGACUUAAUCAAAAGAAUGUCGACUCACCAGAUCUUUCAAAUAAUAACAAAAAGGAGUGGGAAAAGUGCUCGUCUAUGUUUGCGCUGCCGUACAGAAUGGUGUUUGCUGUAGGAACAGAGGACUCUGUUUUGUUGUACGACACCCAGCAGCAGUCUCCGUUUGCAUAUAUUAGUAACAUACACUAUCAUCAGCUGAGUGACUUAGCCUGGAGUCCAGAUGGCAGGAUUCUCCUUGUUAGUUCCACGGACGGUUACUGUACGUUUAUCUGGUUUGGGGAAACUGAACUUGGGGAGCCGUAUACAGAAGCAAAAGUGGCAGACAGUUCAGAGGUCAAAGAUGAGAAGACAUCCUCAGUCAAAUCCAGUCCCACGCCCUCCUCUGUCAGUUCAAAGUCUGAAGAGCCGGUUGUUAUGGACACGGACACCAGCAGUGGAGAUCUCGUCUUGGUAUUGGAGACCACAAAUGAUGCUACCUCGCCGAAAGUAACGGCACAAAACCAAGGAAGCUCAGGAAACGGUGACACGAAGGACAAAUCAGCUGGUGCUACUAACCCCUCUGAGGGUCAGACUGCACCCUCUGCAGUGAGCAAAGAAGAAUCUACCGGACAGAAUUCUGUUACCACGACUCCAGGAAGUAAAACUAUGUCGGGGUCCAAAGGCACCCCAUCAGGACAGCCAAGGAGGAUUCAGUUUGUAACACUGUCGAAAACAUCGUGAAAGAUGAUAUGAUGGGAUUUUAGAGUAGAGAAUGUAUAGGGAAUGAGAGGAGAAAGAUACAAUACAUUUGUACUUCGAAUUUAAGUUAACUGAGUGAAGAUCAAUGUAUGGCGGUGCUGUGUUAGACUGGAAUCCUCUCCGUUGAGGAGGUGCAUGUUUGAGAUGUCUAUUUGUAAGCCUGAGCAGUACCUUGUGUGCCUUUGUUAGUAAACGAGUAUUGUGUAUUACAAGUACAGUAUACAUAGAGCUGGUUUGAUGGGACCUACACAUAUUUGACAAAGUAAAGUGAAGUCUUGUAUUUACUAAAUGACUGAACACUGUUAAACCUAUAUUAAUACACAUAGUUUCAAGUUUUUAACAUUUUUGUCAUACUAUCUGGGAUUUCUGGACUGAUGAUGGCAGCCAGUUAAUGUUUAAAAAUGUGUCCUAUUUAUUUUUGUGGAAGAGAAUUGACUGGGUUUUGAUACAUGUGUUGAGAUUGCAAUAGUAGUGCGUUUGUAAUCCUUUAUACUUUUAGAUGAUGAUAUAUAGUCAUUAAAUCCGUGGAAGUGCUAGUAAAAUUAUUUUGUUAUUUACCACCUUUCCAAAAGAAAUUGUUUUCCCCUGAGUAAACAAACAAGAUGUUAGUAAACAUGUUAGUGAAGAAGUAAACAGCUCUGACAAGUGGGCUCUGUGUGUCUGUGACACAGAAUCUUUUAUAUAUAUAUAUUUGUGUUUUCUUUACUAUGAAAUCUGUUGUGAGAGCAGUUUUCCAAAACUUUUUUUUCAAUCCCUAUAUGUAGUGAGAGAAAAGUUCCAUCAACUGCAAUUUGUAAAAAUUAAUAUGUCAUGAAAAAUAAAUUAAGAACAUUUUCAACAA